GCAUUUGAAUCAGUUUUCAGUUAAAAUGCAAAAGAUUACUGCCAUUUUGGCCAUCGCUUGCGGCCUAUUAGCUUUCGUGUCGGCACAAAAGUGCCAGGAGUGUCAGAGCGGGAACUCUGCCUACUGUCAUAGUCAGACCGAAUAUAGAAAUUGCAUGCAAAACAAUCCCAUUGGCGACAUCGUAUCGUGUGACAGCGGCUACGUUUGCAGCAACACCGAGGAUGUCUGCGUGUUGAGUUAUCUUGUGGAUGGAUCUAGUGUGCUGGACGUGUGCGGUGCACCCGGUGGCAACGGUGACGACUGUGAGGUCUGCAGCGGCAGCAACAAGUACAGCUGCGUCAGCAAGACCCAAUUUGUGCGAUGUGUCGAUCAGCAGGCAUCCACCGCUAAUGUUUAUAGCUGCGCCACGGAUGAGAUUUGUGUGAUUGAGGCACUCGCCACCCACGGCACCCUCUGUGUGCCCACCUGCGCCGCCACCUUCUUGAACGAGACGGCGACAUGCAGCAAUAGUGAUUAUGUGGCACCCCCAAACCCAACGAUACCCACUUUGGAUGAGCAGGUGGAGGCCUGCAAAGAGGCAGCUGAACUGCCUGCCAAUUCGAACUUCCCUUACUUCUAUACGAGAUACACCAACGACGCAACAUGCAGUAGCUAUCUGUACUGCGAGAAGAUCAGUAGCGUCGCGUGGCUAGCCAUCCUAUACAACUGCAAUGGGGCAGAACCAUUCUUCGACUCGGCCUCCUCCAGAUGUGUGGCCAUUCGACCGGAGGACUGCGCAGCAACAACUACGAGUAACCCGCAGGAACCGACAACUUCUUCCUCUGCAGGGCCAACAGAGAGUACAACUACCGCUGGGCCUACAACGAGUGGUCCAUCGGAACCAACAGAGUCUUCUACCAGUUCUAACUCUGAAACUCCAGCUUCAACAGUACCUACAAGUGGUCCACAGGAACCAACAGAGUCUUCCACAAGCUCUAGCGCCGAAGCGUCUUCAGAAACUCCAGCUUCAACAGUAUCUACCAGGGACCCGCAGGAACCAACAGAAUCUUCUACAAGCUCUAAUUCCGAAUCGCCAUCUGAAGCUUCAUCUACCCUUGCACCUACAACGAGUAGUCCACAGGAACCAACAGAGUCUUCCACUAGUUCUAACUCCGCAGCGUCCGAUGAAACUCCAGCUACCACAGGAUCUACAACGAGUGCACCAGAAAACCAACCAUAGUAAGCAAUGAAUCCAUCCGUAGACUGUAGAAAUGCCAGUGAGAAAUGUUACAAAAAUCCCAUCGGACUACGGUAAACAUUUGACUAAAGUUUUAUUGUAAAAAUUCACACUAAUUAAAAGAAGGCCAAUUACUUAUAACAAA